AAAAGUGGGUUCCUUGCCAUGUGGUCAUGUGACUUCCUCUUAACAUUUGCUCUUGUUUCAGCAGCAGGGGAGUGCACCACACAUGUCUCAUCACUUUUCACAUCUGACAUCUCGCCUGGAGAGCAAGACAGAAACAUUAACAAAAUUUGAUUGUUUUCUUCAAAUUCGCCUUUGAGACAGUGAAGACGACAUGCUGAGGCGAAAGCCUUCCAACGCCUCGGAGAAGGAGCAGGUGCAGAAGAAGAAGCUCACUCUACAGCGAUCAAGCAGCUUUAAGGAGUUCAUGAAGGCAAAAGUCACCUCACCCGUCUCACCAGACAAGGAGUUUGUCCUGGAUGGCACAGUGAGUCAAUCAGAAGUCUGUGUCACGGGCGGAGGGAAAAGCAGCAGCAAACUGGGCAAGAAGUGGCGCAACGUCAUCUCCCGCACAAUGACCCGUAAGACCUCCAAGAUGGUGCAGAAUGCUCUGGCGGAGGAGCAGAUGCUUCAGGGAGAGUACAAUGAGGACAUGUCCCCUGUGUCCCCCGUAUGGGGAAGUGAGAGAACAUCCACAUGCUCCACAAGCUCCGAGGAAGCUGCCUGCAGUCCCGUCACCUGCCCAUUUUCUGGCAACUGCGACAGACAGAGUCUGGACAGCGGUUACUGUCAGAGGGACAGCAUGAGACUAGAGGAGAACGUAGUGGCGUUCAAUGGACCUUUCUGCGGCCGAGCCAUCGUGCACACUGACUUCACACCCAGUCCUUAUGAUGUUGAGUCUUUAAAACUCCGGAAAGGAGAUAUCAUCCACAUCAUUGAGAAGCCUCCUGUAGGAACCUGGAUGGGGAAACUCAACAAUAAGGUGGGCUCCUUUAAGUUCAUCUACGUCAACCUGCUGCCCGACGAGAACCCACCGGUCCGACGGACACGUUGUGACAGCAAGACUAAAAGAAACAAGUCCAAACCAGCCACCCUGGAAGAGGUCCUGGACUUCAUCGGUCUGACGGAGUUGACAUCGUUGCUGUCCAUGCAUGGAUUCCAGAAUUUGGAAGAAUUCACAGGCCUGAAGGAGUCUCACCUUAAUGAGCUAAACAUCACUGACCCGGAUCAGCGUGCCAAGAUCCUGAAUGCCGCCGACCUUCUCCAAGACUCUGAGGCUGAAUCCAGUCCGCCGGAAGAUGAAGAAGAGAAGGCACAAGACAGACCCGAGGAGGACGCCAAGGAGCCAAGGGACUCGGGCUGUUACGAGAGCUCAGAACACCUGGAUGUUAAGCCUGAGGAGGUUCAACCAGAGGAGAAGAUUCACCAUGAGGAGUCAGAAACUGGCAAGGAGACGGAACACGAGAUUUUGGAUGACGUCCAACAACACCUUCAAGAACUGAGUGUUCAAGAAACUUGA